UGUUAUAUUCCAAGAGAAACACCAAGAGGAUUGAUUGGGCUGAGGAAGGAAGAAAGCGAAAGGAUGAGAGGGUAUGGAGAAUCAGGAGAGAGAAAGGAAUGGGACAGGAUAUAUGAAUAUGAAGUGUACAAUGAUCUUGGUGAUCCUCAAAACCCUAGACCAGUGUUGGGUCGUUCCAGGUGGUAUCCUUAUCCUCGCAGACUCAGAACUGGACGACAACCUGCUUCAUCAAGCAUGUCAAGUGAGAGCAGACCAGAAUCAAUGCCUUGGAGUAUAUAUGUUCCUGCAGACGAAAGAUGCAGCCCCAAGAAACUUAAAGAGUUGCAAUCAAAAGCAGUCCAAGCUUUUGUUUACUUUGUGAUUCCAGAAUUGAAGUUACUACUUGAGGAAGAUUCAGAUGAUGAAUUUCAAUCAUUCCAAGAGAUACUAAACCUUUUCUCUCCCAAUAGAGAUCGCAAAGUUGAAGGAAGUUUCAAAGACACAAUAAAGAAUACUCUUGUGCCUCAGCUUGCCAAUGCAAUCACUCGCCAUGCUUCCCAGAAGAGUCCUGUGCAUUAUCCUCUUCCUCAAAUAAUAUCUGAAAAUGAAUGGGCUUGGAUGGAUGAUAUGGAAUUUGCAAGACAGAUGGUUGCAGGAAUUCACCCAUUGAGAAUCAAGCGCUUGAAGAGAUUCCCACCUCAUAGCAAAAAUGGAGUGGACAGUUCAAUAGAAUCCACGCACAUAGAACACAACCUUGAAGGCCUGACAUUACUCCAGGCAAUGCAGGAGGGGAGAAUACUCAUACUGGACCACCAUGACUAUCUGAUUCCAUUCUUAAACAGAAUCAACACAAAUGGAGUGUGCGCCUAUGCAUCAAGGACAUUUCUGUUACUGAGGAAUGACGGCAUGUUGAAGCCAUUAGCAAUAGAACUCAGCCUGCCUCCAUUUCCUCUGGGAAAUGAACAGCACAGAGUCUUUCUUCCAGCAGAAGGAGGAGUGGAAGCUGCUCUUUGGCAGCUUGCUAAAGCACAUGUUGCUGCCAAUGACAAUCUUUACCAUCAACUCAUCAGCCAUUGGUUGCAUACCCACGCAGUUGUUGAACCAUUUAUCAUUGCCACCAGAAGACAGCUAAGUGUUAUGCAUCCAAUCCAUCGGAUCUUGAACCCUCAUUUCAGAGACACCAUUCACAUAAAUGCUUUAGCAAGAUGUAUACUUAUAGAUGCAGAAGGGAUUCUUGAGAAAAUAUUACUUUCCGGGGAAAUCUCCAUGGAAAUGUCAUCUGAGCUCUACAAAGAGUGGAGGUUCACUGAACAAGGCCUUCCUGCUGAUCUAAUCAAAAGGGGUUUGGCCAUAGAAGACCCAGAUGUGAACAACCCCGCCGGGAUUCUAUUUCUCUUGGAGGAUUAUCCCUACGCCAUUGAUGGACUUGAAAUAUGGGUUGCUAUCAAACAAUGGGUCAAGGACUUCUGCUCGUUCUUCUACAAAGACGAUGAUGCUGUUAAGUCUGAUAUCGAACUCCAGGCGUGGUGGACAGAGAUUCAAAAUGUUGGUCAUGGUGAUAAGCGCAACGAAACUUGGUGGAUACGAAUGACUACUCUCCCAAACCUGGUUGAAGCAUUGACAACACUCAUUUGGAUUGCUUCAGCUAUGCAUGCAUCGCUUAACUAUGGGCAAUAUGUGUACUCUGGUUACCCACCAGGUCGUCCAACACUAUGUAGACAAUUUAUUCCUGAUGAAGGGACACACGAGUUUGGAGAGUUUCUCAAGGACCCAGAUAAAUUUUUCCUCAAGAUGUUGCCUGGAAGAUUUGAAAUGAGUUUGGCUGUAGCAUUAGUAGAAGUUCUCUCACAACACGCUUGUGAUGAAGUGUACUUGGGUUGCCAACCAUCUCCUGAGUGGAUAGACAACGAUGAGGUUCGAAAGAGAUUUGCGCAAUUCGGUGAAGAAUUAAAAAAGAUUCAGACAAGGAUCUUAAGUAGAAAUAAUGAAGCCAGGCUAAGGAACAGACGUGGCCCAGCGAAAAUGACAUACAAUCUCUUGUACCCUAAUACAACAAGUUCUGGAUCAAAAGGAGUCACAGGAAGAGGGAUACCUAACAGCAUAUCAAUUUAGCUGACUGUCUUUUUUAAAUUUAUAUGUAAAUUUCUGUAGAAUAACAAUUGUGCCUCGUUGACUAGAGGCCAGAAAAAGCAAUAAAAGGAAUUGGGAAAUGCAAGAUGCCUAAAAGAAGUAACCA